AUGAAGCUUUGUGAGCCAAUAAUGGAUAUGGAUAUGCCUGAUUACACAGAAACCCUUGAUUCUUCGUAUAGCAUGCUUGAGUAUGACAGCCUGAGAGUACUGCCAUCAAAUAAUGAGACCAUUCCGACAGAUGUCAGUACCAUCAAUGUGUUGAUGGACCAUGGCGUUACAGCCCUAUGCUCAAUCUGUGGUGAUCGUGCAACGGGAAAACACUACGGUGCCGCCAGUUGUGACGGAUGCAAAGGUUUCUUCAGGAGAAGUGUUCGGAAAAAUCAUGUCUAUUCAUGCAGGUUUAGCAGGCAGUGUGUGGUCGACAAGGAUAAAAGAAACCAGUGUAGAUACUGCCGACUGAAGAAGUGCUUCAGGGCUGGGAUGAGAAAGGAAGCUGUGCAAAAUGAACGGGACAGGAUCAGCAUUCGCAGAACAAGCUAUGAAGAUGUUGGCUCUCUCUCUAUCACUAUACUAGUACAAGCAGAAGCAAUGUCUUGUCAGAUUUCUGCCUUAAAUCCUGUGCAUCCUGCUGAUAUUGCAAUGAAGAAAAUAGCAACCAUUAGUGACGUCAGUGAGUCCAUGAAACAACAGUUACUCGUGCUGGUGGAAUGGGCUAAAUGCAUCCCUGCAUUCUGCGAAUUGCCACUGGAUGACCAGGUUGCACUGCUCAGAGCUCACGCAGGCGAGCAUUUGCUGCUGGGAUUGGCCAGACGUUCGAUUCCCUACAAGGAUGUUCUCUUACUAGGAAAUGAUUUCAUCAUUCCCAGGCACUGCCCGGAAUUAGAGAUUAUGCGGGUAGUUAACAGGAUCCUUGAUGAGCUGGUGAAACCAUUGCUGGACCUCCAGAUAGACGAGAAUGAAUUUGCUUGCCUUAAAGCUGUGGUGUUCUUUGAUCCAGAUUGCAGAGGUGUAAGUGAUUCAGCAAAAAUCAAAAAUAUGAGAUUCCAAGUGCAGGUCAAACUGGAGGACUACAUCAACGAUCGUCAGUACGACUCCCGUGGACGAUUUGGUGAUAUUCUGUUGCUUCUUCCACCUCUGCAGAGCAUCACAUGGCAGAUGAUUGAGCAGAUUCAGUUUGCUCGGCUCUUUGGAGUGGCGAAAAUUGAUAGCCUUUUGCAGGAAAUGCUCUUGGGAGGGUCUGCAACAGAGGCACAGCAGUACCCACAUUCUGCACAUUCCAAUAUUGUCCACAGCCAUUUGCUUCCCCAUACAGUGAUGUCAGCUGGUAUGUCAGCAGCCGUUCAUCAAGUUCAACUCUCAUCGCCAGAAACUCCACUUUCAUCUCCAUCGUCUGGCUCUGGAAAUGAGGAAAUCAAACUGCGUCCUGUCAACCAUAUCCAAAUGCAUUCUUUACCUUUGCUGCCUCAAAACCUCAUUCCCAAACAAGAGAUAUUGUAA